UGCCAUUUAAAAUGGAGCCCCGGGAAACUCGAAACCAAAACAAACGUCAUCAUUUACUCGAGAAUUGUGAAGCACAAGAGUAAACACAGAGAAACAACAUGGAAACCAUGAUUUACAUGGAUCAGGAAAAUGACAGACUGAUGACUCCAGCUAUCAAGUCUCGCCAGAACAGACUGCAUUCAGCUCCAGAUCAGUGCUUGAGAACACCUCUGAAUGGAAAGGCACAUCUCGGAGCUCCUUUUCAAUCCAGUCGAAAAGCUUUGGGAGUCAUUAACAAGAUUGUCAACCAAACAGGCUCUCAUGAAGCUGAGGAGAAGACUAAACCUGCUGAAGCCAAGUGCAAAGUGCCUACUUCGCUUCCUACUGAAGAGUUGCCUGAGAUCGAGAAGUUCUUUCCAUACAAUCCAAGUGAGUUUGAGAGCUACAGUGUUCCAGAUGAAGUUUACCUCAGUCGUUUCUCUCUGGCUGGUCUGGGUAAACAGACAUGGCGGCCUGCUUCCCCUGUGGAAGAGUUUAUUGAACCAUGCUUGCCACUCUCACCUUUAAAGAUGCCCAGAGAAGUGGAGUACGGUGAUGAAGUGGAGGCUUUCUUACAGACGAUCAAUGAGCUGACUGAAGUUGACUUGCCUCCUGAGUGUGACUUCUAAACUUUUUUUUAUUUUUAUAAACAUUGUACAUUUUAAAAUGGUUUGCUUUUGUUGUUAAUAAACUUUAUCAAACGUUACAGAGAAAUUUGUUAAUUGAUUUUUCUUUUUU